UCGCAGGUCGCGAGAGAGAGAGAGAGAGAGAGGCGCGCUGUGCGGUUUACCUGCAGAGACGUUUCCCACAACCCAGCGGCUUUUGAACCUCCGCUUUGCCCCGAACUUUGCAGAGUGGGGAGGGGGGCCGCUUCUCUGGCUCGGCUCGGGAGGGGAGGGGAGGGGAGGGGAAGGGAAGGGAGGUCAGCAUGGUUGGCACGGACCCGCGCUGCUUGAAGGCUGCGGCGGGGCUUCCACUCGGGUCCGCCGGAGAAGCCGCUGCUCCCCAGAGGUUCCAGCCUGGGAUCUAAUCGGCCGAGGCUUUGCUUCGUUUGCUUCUCUGCCUGCAACCCCCUCCCCAACACACCUCCUCCCCACCCACCCCCGGCGCGCAGAUUUCCUUUUUUUUUAUAUGGCUCAACUCCCUCCGGUCUUCCUAGAACAUGCACAGAAACUCCCGCAAGUGGAUUUUCUACGUGUUUCUCUGCUUUGGAGUCCUGUACGUCAAAUUAGGAGCGUUGUCAUCGGUGGUGGCUUUGGGGGCAAACAUCAUCUGCAACAAGAUUCCAGGCUUGGCGCCACGGCAGCGAGCGAUUUGCCAGAGCCGCCCUGAUGCCAUCAUAGUCAUUGGAGAAGGGGCCCAGAUGGGAAUCAAUGAAUGUCAGUACCAGUUCCGAUAUGGCAGGUGGAACUGCUCAGCACUGGGAGAGAAGACGGUCUUCGGUCAAGAGCUUCGAGUAGGAAGCAGAGAAGCCGCCUUCACCUAUGCCAUCACUGCCGCUGGCGUUGCCCACGCAAUCACGGCUGCCUGCAGCCAGGGAAACCUCAGCAGUUGUGGUUGUGACAGAGAGAAACAAGGUUAUUACAACCAGGAGGAAGGCUGGAAGUGGGGAGGCUGUUCAGCUGAUAUCAGAUACGGCAUCGACUUCUCCAGGAGGUUUGUCGACGCCAGAGAAAUUCGAAAGAGCGCUCGGAGGCUGAUGAAUCUGCACAAUAAUGAAGCUGGAAGAAAGGUGCUUGAAGGACGGAUGAAACUGGAGUGCAAAUGCCACGGCGUUUCUGGUUCCUGCACCACGAAGACUUGUUGGACUACACUACCCAAAUUCCGAGAGAUUGGAUAUAUUUUAAAAGAGAAAUAUAACGCUGCGGUGCAAGUGGAAGUGGUCCGGGCCAGCCGGCUUCGGCAACCAACCUUCCUGAAGAUCAAACAGAUCAGAAGCUACCAGAAGCCAAUGGAGACCGAUUUGGUCUACAUCGACAAAUCACCGAAUUACUGUGAAGAGGAUGCUUCAACAGGGAGUGUGGGGACCCAGGGCAGGCUCUGCAACCGUACGUCCCUCGGGGCGGACGGCUGUGGCAUGAUGUGCUGCGGAAGGGGCUACAACACUCACCAGUACACCAAGGUGUGGCAGUGCAACUGCAAGUUCCACUGGUGUUGCUUUGUGAAAUGCAACACCUGCAGCGAACGGACAGAAGUGUUCACUUGCAAGUAACCUGAAGAGGGAGCAACCUGAAGAUGGACACAACCACCACUUGGUAGUGUGGAACAAAAUAACUACAGCAUCAUUUUGCACAUUUUUCUUUCUUUCUUUCUUUUCCUUUUUUUUUGGGGGGUGGGGGGUGGGAAGGGGGUAGAACCAAUCUCUUUAUUUGUUUCUUACUAACACAGUUGGAAGAACGAUGCAUAAUCUGCUGGCUAGAGUUGCUUUGAUUCCAUUAGUCCAAGGGACCCUGGGAUGGGAUGAUGGAUUAGGAUGAUGUUAUUCAAGGUGAGCAAUUUUUUUCCUUUUGAUUCCUCCUCCCCUUGCCCACUGCAGUCUGAGGUGUUGUAGAGUUUUACUCUUAGAUUAAGUUAUACAUACAAUAUGAACGAUAGACACAGGUUCCAGAAGGAGAUUUUUAAAUUCAGAAUGAGCGUGAAGAUGCCCAAUGGAGACUUUUUUUUUUUCCUAUUUAAAAAAAAAAGGACAAAAAAUAGAAUAGAGGAAUUAAGAUGUUAAGUACAAAACUAAGAUUCCGACAGUGUUGUUUCAACACUUACUUCUGAAAAAGAAAGGGAAUAAAAUAGGGGGAAAGGGUAGCAUCUAAGACAAAUGAAAUACGGGGUUGGGAGGAACUUCGGGGAUGGAUUCAUAGAUAAAAUAAAAGAGGAAAUUCUGACAGCUCCCAGUAACACUGGAACCUUUUGAAUGGACAUUUCAGCAGGAAAAAAUUUUUUUCCUCUUAUUUAUGUUUUUAAUAUUAUCAAAACUCUCUAAGCACUAACGGGUAGCCAUGCCUUUACUUUGAACUAAAUGUAAAAUUACUGGAGCUCUGACUUCUUUGAUUUUGAAUUUUGGGAACUUGGUGCUCCCCGACGUUUUUCAAUGCUACUGAUUUCACGGCACUCCACUGUUAACCAGAGUUCUGUCCUUGGACCAGAGGAUCCUUCAGGAGGGAGGAAAAACAACCUGACAGUGUAAAAUGGUGAUUGAAAAAGCGGGUGGGUGGCUUGGCUUCUCACUUGUUUCGCUAUCGACCGCUGGGGCCAAAUAGCAAUCGCGUCACGGAAUGGGCUCAACAACUCGCGGUGGCCAAGUCACUACAGCCAAGUCUCCUUAGGACAAAUCGCUGCAGGACAAUUUAGCAAUUCGAUUUAAUUAUUUAAAAUAAAUAAAUGAUUUCUUUUUUUUAAAUUUUUGUCAUUCGCAUUUCAUUUCGUCCCUCCUUUUGCAUACUUCCUUGAAUGGUUCUGUUCCACCAUUUCUGUGAUAUUAGUGUAACUCUUGUCCUGCAGCGAGUUGUCCUGUGAUGGGUUGGUCAUGGCCAGUGGUGGGAUUCAAUUUUUUUUUUUUUACUACCCGGUUCUGUGGGCAUGGCUUGGUGGGCGUGGCCAGGGGGUGUGACAGGCAGCACUCGGCCUCCUGAAACCACCUAGGAGCAAAAAUGGGACAAGGGAGGGGAUAUGCCCCCCUGUGCCCCGUUUUGAGUCUAGGAGGCUUCCCUGAAGCCUCCUGGGAAUCAAAAUGGGGUAUGUGGGGCCAGCCAGCAAUUUAACUACCAGUUUGCCCGAACUGGCUGAAUCCCAUCACUGGUCAUGGCUAGUUGUCCUGAAGCGUGUUGGCUACAGCAAAUUGGCCAUGGUGAGUUGGCUAUGGCGAGUUGACCAUGGCGAAUUGUCAUAGACCCCUCCCUUGCUGAUGCUAGACGAAGAUGAGCAGGGAUAUAUCCACAUAGGGGAGGGGGCUUCAAAAAAGUCAAACAGCAAGCAAGAUGGCAACCAUGGUCCUGUGUCAUCUUGAUUUUCCUGAGGAUAAAUUAAGCCUUACACAAAUUUAUUGCUUUAUGGGGAGGUGUAUUUGGAGGAUUCCUUUCCUGAAGGUACCUUUCACUGUUUAUGUCAUUUUUCUAGGUCUGUGUGACCCAUCUCAGUUGAAUGGGACUUUGUACAAAACUGUUACAUGGCGCUCAAAUUUCUCUUCCAAUCUUCUGCAAAGCACUGAGGGUCCUCGUAGAUUAUGGAGAUGUAUUAGGGAGGAAGAUCUUUGUAUAACAGUUGCUUAAUACCGGAAACAAAUCUACAGUUUAUCCAACAAUUGAUGAGACUUCAGUGGUGGGGGAGGGGAAAGAGCUUCCUUUUGUUUGUGGGCCAUGAGUCACCAAAUUUGGUGACUUCUGGAGAUGAGGAAUGACCUCCAUUGAACAUUAUGUUAUGAGGAUGAUCAGAAACAUCAAAAUGGCAUUACAACUGCACGAUUGAACUCCUGCCCCUUUUUGAUAUGGGAUACAUUUCACGUAAAAAAGAGUCCAAGCUUCCAUUGCGUCAUGGCAGCCACAAGCGUGACCUAUUGACCCAUUCAGGUUCCCUAACAAACAUAUAUAGAGAGAGAUUUCCAACUCUCCAUUUUGAAAAUAGGGUCUGGUGCAGAGGUGGUAUUCAGCUGGUUCGGACCGGUUUAUCUGAACCGGUAGCAGAAAUCAUGGUGGCCCCGCCUAUCUGCCCCAGCUCUAUGCUAUCCUAUUUAGGUACGUUUUUGAGGCUGGGCGCAUGCAUGAAGGCGCGUUUGCCAGCAAAGUGGAUGCGCGGAAGGCCGGGCACAUGCAUGCGCUCACAUUUGCGAACCGGUAGGAAUGAUAAGUGAAUACCACCCCUGGUCUGGUGCAAGAUACACCCCAGACUAUUUGCUUCAACUCUUCUCACUAAAUGCCAAUCCAGUUUGGACUGUUUGAUGGACAGCUACUCCCUUAAUGUAACUGGUUCUCUGGGGUCUUUCUGCCCUCACAUGCCUCGUGAUUCUAAUUAUUCCCUUUUUCAGCCCCUGCCGGCAAUCACAGUUGGUAUGAACAAGGAUGCAGAGCAGUUUCACACACACACGCACGCACAAUGGCAUUACAAUAUCCUCGAAUUGUGGUGUCGAAUCUACUGCAGUGCUGAGGAUGCAUGAAAAAAAAACAACCCGUCUCAUCCGUUCUCCUACGCCAACGUUUCUCAACUUCGGCAAUUUGAAAAUGGGUGGAUUUCAACCCCCAGAAUUCCCCACUCAGCUAUUCUGGGGAAUUCUGGGAGUUGAAGUCCACCCAUUGUCAAAUUGACGUGGUUGAGAAACACUGUCCCGCUCAGUUCACUACAAAUUUCUUACCGAAAAACGCCUGGUAUUUUUCUCUCCUAGCAUAUAAACCCCAAUUCGACAUUCAGUCGCGACUCAUCCAUUGUGUGUAAGCAUGGCUGAAUUGCCAGUAACUCAGAGGAAGGGGCAUUUUUCGCAGUGUUAGCAUUAUUCGGCAAUGGCCUUUUCUUAUUGUUUCAUAAUUUCCAGGUUUAGACAGGCUUUUUAUUGGCUCUUUGGAAGAGAUUAACAUGCUAACCCCAUGCCAGGAAAGUAGUGUAAACAACAGUGGUUGAAGCACAUGUUGCAGCUGCCGAUGACUCAGUCGCACACUAGAACAAGCUAAUACAAGGCUGGUGUAUUCGUCUGAGUUAUUUUUAGUGACACAAUUAAUCUAACAAACGUUGACAGCAUUAAACCAUCCUUUUGCUUCCUAACAGACCUCUUUGUAUAUUGCUUUCUUUUUUGUUUUAAGGCAUAUUCUUAAAACAAUACGGCAGGCGAUACAAAAAGGGUGUGCUUGUAAACACGUAUGUUCUCCUAAGCAAGGGAUGGAACUGGUAGUCAAGCCUCAGCAAACUUGAAAGUGUGACAUUAAAUCACAUUGUUUAAGUCUUAAGCAAGUAGCUGCUACCGAAACUUCCUGCCUGGCGUGGGUGUCAUGGUGCUCAUCUCCCAUUUCAAAGCUGAAGAGCCAAGGCUGUAUGAAGAUGUGUCCGUGGUCAUGUGGCCAGCAUGACUAAACGCCAAAGGCGCACGGAACACCAGCUGGGACAAGUCACGGGAGCUCACCCCGUUAGGCGGUGCUAGGGAUUUGAACCACCAAACUGCCUACCUGUCCGAUCGACAAGCUCAGCGUCUUAGCCACUGAGCCAUGUGUGGGGGGGAAGCAGGAGGGGAACCUCAAUCAUCCAGUUGCAGCCUCCAUCUUGACUUAUUUGUCAGAUGCACCCCGGGAAUAAGUUCAGGAAGUUGUGGUUGGGAUCACUCAAUAUAAAACCUUGUGGCUUCAAAGAUGAUGUGUGGUUUUGGUUUUCAUCUUCCAGAGUUGAUAGGCACAGAUCAGUGCUUUCCAACAAUUCAUUUAGUUCUUUGUGAAUGUACAGUUAGAUAAGCCGACCGUAUCUAUUUGAUCAGGAUAAUUUUGAUACUUUCUGUCCCCAGAUUGAUGGAAUGUAUGGAUCAGAGGGGGCAUCUGGUAGGAUGUCAUACACCAUAUGUGUAUACACCAUACACCAACAGCAAAUGUGUUUCUAGAACAGGGGUCUCCA